CCCCCCAGCUGAGUGGAGGAGUUGAUGUGUCUCAUUAUAACAGCCAAUGCAGCCGCCAUCCACGCACAAGCAAAGAAGCAUGUCCCAUUUAAAUACACCCACGCAGCUCCAGCGCCCUUAGCCGAUCGGGGCGCGCAGCCCACACGCACCGCGGCUCCGGGCUUGGAGAUCCGCGCAGGUUGGGCUCCCGGACCCGGCGGACCGGCGCACGGAGGCUCGAGAUCGGGCGCUGAGGGGCCGGGGUGGGCGGGGGAGGCUGGGCCCGGGGCCUCUGGCUCGACACCCGCAGGAGGACGCGAGUGAAACAGACCAAGGUGGAAUUUCCAAGGGAGAAGCUUUGGGGUGGCUUUGGUCCAUUUCUCGGGCGAAGAAGUAGACAUGGCGAGCGACUCCCCGGCUCGCAGCCUGGAUGAAAUCGAUCUCUCGGCUCUGAGGGACCCAGCAGGGAUCUUUGAAUUGGUGGAACUUGUUGGAAACGGGACAUAUGGGCAAGUUUAUAAGGGUCGUCAUGUCAAAACCGGCCAGCUUGCAGCCAUUAAGGUUAUGGACGUCACAGGGGAUGAAGAGGAAGAAAUCAAACAAGAAAUUAACAUGUUGAAGAAAUAUUCUCAUCACCGGAAUAUUGCUACGUACUAUGGUGCUUUUAUCAAGAAGAACCCGCCCGGCAUGGAUGACCAGCUUUGGCUGGUGAUGGAGUUUUGCGGAGCUGGCUCUGUCACUGACCUGAUUAAGAACACGAAAGGGAACACGCUGAAAGAAGAGUGGAUCGCAUACAUCUGCAGAGAGAUCUUACGGGGGCUGAGUCACCUGCACCAGCAUAAAGUGAUUCAUCGAGAUAUUAAAGGUCAAAAUGUCUUGCUGACGGAAAAUGCGGAAGUUAAACUAGUGGAUUUUGGGGUGAGUGCCCAGCUUGAUAGAACAGUGGGCAGGAGGAAUACUUUCAUUGGCACUCCCUACUGGAUGGCACCUGAAGUUAUUGCCUGUGAUGAAAACCCAGAUGCCACCUAUGACUUCAAGAGUGACCUGUGGUCUCUGGGAAUUACCGCCAUCGAGAUGGCAGAAGGCGCUCCCCCUCUCUGUGACAUGCACCCCAUGAGAGCCCUCUUCCUCAUCCCCCGGAACCCAGCACCUCGGCUGAAGUCCAAGAAGUGGUCCAAAAAAUUCCAGUCCUUCAUCGAGAGCUGCUUGGUGAAGAAUCACAGCCAGCGGCCGGCCACCGAGCAGCUGAUGAAGCACCCGUUUAUCCGCGAGCAGCCCAACGAGCGCCAGGUCCGCAUCCAGCUCAAGGACCACAUCGACAGGACAAAGAAGAAGCGCGGGGAGAAAGAUGAGACUGAGUACGAGUACAGCGGAAGUGAGGAAGAGGAGGAGGAGAACGACUCGGGAGAGCCCAGCUCCAUCCUGAACCUGCCAGGGGAGUCGACACUGCGGCGGGACUUCCUGAGGCUCCAGCUGGCCAACAAGGAGCGGUCGGAGGCCCUGCGGCGGCAGCAGCUGGAGCAGCAGCAGCGGGAGAACGAGGAGCACAAGCGGCAGCUGCUGGCUGAGCGCCAGAAGCGCAUCGAGGAGCAGAAGGAGCAGCGCCGGCGGCUGGAGGAGCAACAAAGGCGGGAGAAGGAGCUGCGCAAGCAGCAGGAGAGGGAGCAGCGCCGCCACUACGAGGAGCAGAUGCGGCGGGAGGAGGAGCGGAGGCGCGCUGAGCACGAGCAGGAAUACAUCAGGCGACAGUUAGAGGAGGAACAGAGACAGUUAGAGAUCUUGCAGCAGCAGCUACUGCAUGAACAAGCUCUCCUUCUGGAGUAUAAGCGCAAACAGCUGGAAGAGCAGAGACAAGCAGAAAGGCUGCAGAGACAGCUAAAGCAGGAGAGGGACUACUUGGUUUCCCUUCAGCAUCAGCGGCAGGAGCAGAGACCCGUGGAGAAGAAGCCACUGUACCAUUACAAAGAAGGCAUGAGUCCCAGUGAGAAGCCAGCAUGGGCCAAGGAGGUACAGCAACGACCCCUUAGUAAUCCAUCUGUUCUUCCAGCUAAGCAGAAUCACUAUGCUGUUAAACAGCAGCUGACAUGCUUCCUGGCUGGCAGAGAUGUGCCGCCUUCCUCCACUGCUAAGCCAUUGUCUAGCCAUGCCAAGUUGAAACCUUCAGCUAAGCCCGACCCUCAGCUCCUGAGCGUGGCAGGUGUUCAGAAACCUGAAAAACUAGCCUCUGCGAAGGCCAUGCCGGUAGCACCUGCAGGAAUCAGUGAUUCCAGAUCAAGACUCCUGGGUGAGCGUCACUCGCGGAAGCAAGAUGGGCCAGCUCGUCCUAUUAGACCUGUUUUGGACGAACAACUGAAGCCCCAGGAAACGUCAAGGACCACAGUGAGAUCCCCAAAGCGAUCUCGCUCGCAAGGAUGUAGCCCAACUCGAGAGUUAGGAUCUAAGGUCAUUUGUGUGUCCUCCCCCAACAUCUCCAAAGUGACGAGCCCCCAGCUGGCCCUCACUGCAGCUAAGGAGGGCCUCAGAGACUCGCGUGGCCCGCAGGACAGGAGGGGCGUAAGUUCAUGCAUCUCCACAAGUACCUCACCUCUUCUAAGAAGCGCUGCGUCACUAAGUGAUCUCUGCGUGGUGCCUGACCACCCGGCCUUCAGUGGUGCCAGCCCCAGGCGUGAUUUUAGAAAAGGGGCGCCUGCGGAUGCCGCUGGAGAGGACCACGACUCCUUGCAAAGCAUCCCAGCCAUUCUUCUUUCCUCUGGGCUGCUCCCGCGUGCACACACACCCCCAAAAACGGGGGAAAGCCCGAAGCAGUGUCUGCUUCCCUCCUCCAGCCUCUGCCCAGCACGUUCCGAUUGGAACUUGUCCACUUUGAAUUCACUGAUUUCUAGUUGCUAUUUGUCCUCGUCACUCAAUUUCCUGGCCUAUCCUGUCUAUUCAGAAGCAGUGCACAGCUCCCGAGCUUUCCGAAGCCCUGGCAUCCCUGAGGGUAAAUCUUUGCAGAUGUCGUCCAAACAGUUUCCUAGACCACCUCCUCUGCCUCCUGGCCAGGCUCCUAGCGGUAACAGAAACGGAGCCGUUGGGCAUGCAAACGACAUGGCUGUGUCAUCAAGCACUCCUGAUGUGAGGGUCCCCGGCCACCAUAAGUGUGGGCUGCCUCUGGUAGAAGAACGGUCAAGGCUUAACCGGCAGAGUUCACCUGCCAUGCCUCACAAGGUUGCCAACAGAAUAUCUGACCCCAACCUGCCCCCAAGGUCGGAAUCCUUCAGCAUUAGUGGGGUUCAGCCUGCUCGGACACCCCCCAUGCUUAGACCAGUGGAUCCCCAGAUCCCUCAUCUGGUAGCUGUGAAAUCCCAGGGACCUGCUUUGACCGCCUCCCAGUCAGUGCAUGAGCAGCCCACCAAGGGCCUGUCUGGGUUUCAGGAGGCUCUGAGCGUGACCUCUCACCGCGUGGAGAUGCCGCGCCAGAACUCAGAUCCCACCUCUGAAAACCCGCCUCUCCCGACGCGAAUCGAAAAGUUUGACCGAAGUUCUUGGUUACGACAGGAGGAAGACAUUCCACCAAAGGUGCCUCAAAGAACUACUUCUAUAUCCCCAGCGUUAGCCAGAAAGAAUUCUCCUGGGAAUGGUAGUGCUCUGGGACCCAGACUAGGAUCUCAGCCCAUCAGAGCAAGCAACCCGGAUCUCCGGAGAACUGAGCCUGUCCUGGAGAGUCCCCUGCACAGGACCAGCAGUGGUAGCUCCUCCAGCUCCAGCACCCCCAGCUCCCAGCCCAGCUCGCAAGGAGGCUCCCAGCCAGGGUCACAAGCUGGGUCCAGUGAACGUACCAGAGUUCGAGCCAACAGCAAGUCAGAAGGAUCACCUGUGCUCCCCCAUGAGCCUGCCAAGGUGAAACCAGAAGAAUCCAGGGACAUUACCCGGCCUGGUCGACCAGCUAGCUAUAAGAAAGCUAUAGAUGAGGAUCUGACGGCAUUAGCCAAAGAAUUAAGAGAACUUCGGAUUGAAGAAACAAACCGCCCACUGAAGAAGGUGACCGAUUACUCCUCCUCCAGUGAGGAGUCGGAGAGUAGUGAAGAGGAGGAGGAAGAUGGAGAGAGCGAGACCCAUGAUGGGACAGUGGCUGUCAGUGACAUACCCAGACUGAUACCAACAGGCACUCCAGGGAGCAACGAGCAGUACAAUGUGGGAAUGGCUGGGACGCACGGGCUGGAGACCUCUCAUGCGGACACCUUCAGCGGCAGCAUUUCAAGAGAGGGAACCUUGAUGAUCAGAGAGACAUCUGGAGAGAAGAAGCGAUCCGGCCAUAGUGACAGCAAUGGCUUCGCGGGUCACAUCAAUCUCCCAGACCUGGUGCAGCAGAGCCAUUCUCCGGCUGGGACCCCGACUGAGGGCCUGGGGCGUGUGUCUACCCAUUCCCAGGAGAUGGACUCGGGGACUGAAUAUGGCAUGGGGAGCAGCACCAAAGCCUCCUUCACCCCCUUCGUGGACCCCCGAGUAUACCAGACCUCUCCCACCGAUGAAGACGAAGAGGAUGAGGAAUCGUCAGCUGCAGGAAGCCAGAGGUAUCCAGGAACCCUAGGAAAAGUUGUUCCUCAGAGACCUGUGAACUUACCACCUAUUUCCCAAAAACAGUUUCUGGCUCUGUUUACUAGUGAACUUCUUAGGCAAGAACAGGCCAAACUCAAUGAAGCAAGAAAGAUCUCAGUGGUAAAUGUGAACCCAACCAACAUCCGGCCUCAUAGCGACACACCAGAAAUCAGAAAAUACAAGAAGCGAUUCAACUCAGAAAUACUCUGUGCGGCUCUGUGGGGUGUAAACCUUCUGGUGGGGACUGAAAAUGGCCUGAUGCUCUUGGACCGAAGUGGGCAAGGCAAAGUCUACAAUCUGAUCAACCGGAGGCGAUUUCAGCAGAUGGAUGUGCUAGAGGGAUUGAAUGUCCUUGUGACAAUAUCAGGAAAGAAGAAUAAGCUACGAGUUUACUAUCUGUCAUGGUUAAGAAACAGAAUACUACACAAUGACCCAGAAGUAGAAAAGAAACAAGGCUGGAUCACUGUUGGGGACUUGGAAGGCUGCAUACAUUACAAAGUUGUUAAAUAUGAAAGGAUUAAAUUCUUGGUGAUUGCCUUAAAGAAUGCUGUGGAGAUAUAUGCUUGGGCUCCUAAACCAUAUCAUAAGUUCAUGGCAUUUAAGUCUUUUGCAGAUCUCCAGCACAAGCCUCUGCUAGUUGAUCUCACCGUAGAGGAAGGUCAAAGAUUAAAGGUUAUUUUUGGCUCACACACUGGUUUCCAUGUAAUUGAUGUUGAUUCAGGAAACUCUUAUGAUAUCUACAUACCAUCUCAUAUUCAGGGCAAUAUCACUCCUCAUGCUAUUGUCAUCUUGCCUAAAACAGAUGGAAUGGAAAUGCUUGUUUGCUAUGAGGAUGAGGGGGUGUACGUAAACACCUAUGGCCGGAUAACUAAGGAUGUGGUGCUGCAAUGGGGAGAAAUGCCCACGUCUGUGGCCUACAUUCAUUCCAAUCAGAUAAUGGGCUGGGGCGAGAAAGCUAUUGAGAUCCGGUCAGUGGAAACAGGACAUUUGGAUGGAGUAUUUAUGCAUAAGCGAGCUCAAAGGUUAAAGUUUCUAUGUGAAAGAAAUGAUAAGGUAUUUUUUGCAUCCGUGCGAUCUGGAGGAAGUAGCCAAGUGUUUUUCAUGACCCUCAACAGAAAUUCCAUGAUGAACUGGUAACAGAAGAGCACUUGGCACUUAUCUUCAUGGCAUUAUUUCUAAUUUAAAAGAACAUAACUCAUGCGGACUUAUGCCAGUCUAGAGGCAGAAUCAGAAGGCUUGAUUGAACAGACAGCUUUCCCCUCUUCCUCUCCCUCCACCCCUCCCAACAGUCCGUCUUUCAGUGUUGCAGCCUGGUUGAGAAGGAGAGAAAAAGGUGGCAAGAAUUUCCAGGAGAUCCCCAGGAAUGCGGCGUUGUCUACAAAGAUGGACCAUGUGCCCUUCGGAGUUAGGGGUAGAAACAAAUAUUGUGUGCUCUUAUGAUUAAGCUGUGUUAGAUGGGUUUUGAAUUUUUGUGUUUUUCGGUUUUGUUUUUUUACCUUUUCUUUAUCCCCUUACUUUGUUAAGAAUGGGGAAAUGAUGCAUACUGAGAAAAUGAGUCUGUUUUUAAUUGUCUGCCUGCUAGUUUUAAGUAUAUGAUGUUGUAAAAUUUCCAAUUUCCGACGGUGAGAGACAGCACAAUAAAUGUACCUUAUCCCCUUACCCUGAAGGCCAUAACUGCAUAAUGGGGUAACUUAAGAACUCUUGCCUUCACCAAUCCAGAGGUUGCUUUUUAAUAGCAACUGGCUAAUGAAUUUUUGAGAAGAAAAAUACUAGUUUUCCCCUCUUUUGGGAAAUAGAUUUUAAAUGGCUAAACUACUAGCCUUAAUCUAAUAAAAAAAUCAACUGUGACUUUUCUGAGUCUGACAGGCCAUACUUUUACGUGGCCCUUUAUGAAAUAGAGUGUGUUGAAUGGGAUAGUAAUGGCAUUGAGGUGAGUUGGCCCUAGCAAUGGAGGGACUUCUAACACAACGUCACCUCAGCUAAGUGCAACAGAUCAGGGAAAAAAGACGUGGUGGAAGAUGAGGUCAGACAGAAAGAGCGACUAGGAAACAAGCCUGCCUACACACACACCCACCCACCUACCCCACCCCCACACUUUUGUAAAAUGCACAAAGCCUCCUGGCUAAGAAGUCACUUGGUUUGGGCUUCAUUAAGAUGGAGACUGUUCUGAGAAUUGGGAAGGGGGGUGGGUAGGUAAGAUGACAUCCGGGCUCUGGACUUUCCCAGCUCUCUCCUUGGGGUGCCACUUUCUCAAGAUGAAAACUGUGACUGAAAAAGAUGAAUAAGAAAUGUUUCUGAGCUGCCUGUGUUCUCCCUGGGUCGGCGAGAAAAGGGACUAGACUCCUAAGCCUGCUUCUAACACAGCAGGCAGCAUUGCCUCAGAUUUUAGAGAACUUGAAAGCAAGGCUUUAGCCAAAAUUCUGAGACCCUAAAUCACUUUACCUUCCUCCAAAUUACCCGACAUCCGGUAAGCGACAUUUGUGCAGAGAUAUGUAUGUAUUUAGUUCAGGUUGACUCUUGUGUCCUUCUAAACUCUUACUCGGAUGAUUUAAACUUCUACGUGACUGUCUGGGAUUUCUUUUUUCCAAAGCUCCAAGCAUGGCCGCCCGUGGUAUCGAGGUGUUGCAAAACGAUAUCUGUGUUGCGCUUCCUGUUUUAACCUACCUCGUUUUGUUUGUUUUUGUUUCACUGUUCAUCACAGCAGUGUUAUCUCCAGGAGACAUAUAGAGAGCUCAAACGGCAAUCUCAGGUGGUAUUUCAUAUUUCCUUAAAAGGCAGUAGUUGGCCAAAUUGUUCAUAAAAAAAUUGGAAAAAAAAUUUCAACAAUGAAAAUUAAUGUAGCUUGUUUCCAGAGAAAACAAUUACAGUAAGUGGAUCCAAAAAGAUAUGUGAUCCUACUGAUUUUGCCUAAAUCCAUAAGCAGCUGAUGUGCUAUUAAUGAGAACGAAAUACGUAUUAGGAAAAUGGAGCCAUUUCAAUCUGAUGGUUUGGGUGAGGGUUUGGGGGCAGUGAAGGAGAAAUAUUCUGGUUUCUGGAUUAAAUAUUUAUGCUCCUCCUGGAAAGGUGGUUAUCAUUUGCAUUUGUGUUAACCAGGAAUCUUAGAACUGCAAUUGAGGAUUAUUUUCAAGCUACCCCAGAUGUCCUCAUCAUGGUCCCUUUAGCACUCAAAAGCAAUGAAAUCCUCCCGUUCUCAUUUUUACUGCUGUGGUCGUGCUGCUGAACAAUAUGAUCUUCACAAAUUUCAUGUGGCAAAUUUAGCAAUAACUUUCUGGAUUGAACUUAGCAACUACUGUAAUUGGAUGCUGACGUGGACAAAACACGUUGAUUUGAGUUUCAUCCCCAAAUGUGAUUGCCACCAGCUCUUUAUAUUGCUGCUGUGGUAUUUUAAACCAGAAGCUUCUUUAAAUUAUGUUGCAAACUGAUCUUUUAUGUUUUGUUUUGUUUUUAUUUUCUAAGUGAUAAGUUCGAAACACACAGCUUUAAAUGAUUUUUUUAUUGUGGGAUUUGGGUACAGUUAAGAAAUAAAAGGGAAUCAUUGUGUUUAAACAUAAGGUAGUUUGUGAAUGUAUUUUUUAAACUCUAGAUUCAUUGAAACAAAAUCAUAAACAAUAUUAAUGCAGUCUUGUUUACAGUAUGUACAGUGACAUAACAUAGAACAUGAGCUUUUCUGGUGCCAACAAUAAAACACAGACGUUAAACAUCAA